GCGGUGCGGAGAAGGGCCCCCGGAAGCGAAAGGCCCCCAGCCCCUCUGAGAAAGGCGAGGGUGACACGAGGAGCGAGGCAGGCGAGGUGGAGGUGGAGACGCUGUGCAGCGUGCAGACGGACUUCAGCCCCGACGCGCUGCAGAAGGCCGUGCGUGUCAGCGUGGACCAUUCGCUGCUGGCCACGGGCGGCGCCGACGGGUUCCUCCGACUCUGGGAGUUCCCCAGCAUGAAGAAGGUGCGGGAGUUCAAAGCCCAUGACGGGGAGAUUGAGGACAUUGCGCUGGGUCCCGAGAACAAGGUGGUGACGGCGGGCCGGGAUUUCCAUUGCUGCGUGUGGCAGAGGGACCAGCUGGUGCUGCGGCUGCGCUGGGACGAGAACAUGCCGGGCGUCCCUGACAAGACCUACCGCUACCAGGCCUGCAGGUUCGGGGCGGUGCCGGACCAGGCGGAGGCGCUGCGACUCUACACGGUGCAGGUGCCCCACAAGCGCGGGCGCCGCCCCCCGCCCUGCUACCUCACCAAGUGGGAUGGAAAAACCUUCCUGCCGCUGCUCACCCAGCCCUGCGGGGGCGAGGUCGUCUCCUGCCUCUCUGUCAGUGACUCGGGCACGUUUCUGGGGCUGGGCACCGUGACGGGCUCGGUUGCCAUUCACGUCUCCUUCUCGCUGCAG